UUUGAACUUUAUUCCCAAGUAUAUGCAUAUGGACGAUUCUUCGGACGAUGAGAACCAAUCUUUCGAUGAAUUCCAAUCGCUUCACGUCGGAACACCCUUACUCCACUCUCCCAAUUUGAGUGUCAAACUCAAUUGUAACGUGUUUUACAAAAUGGAGAAUAUACAACCUUCGGGAUCGGUCAAGAUGAGGGGCAUUGGCAACUUUUGUUACCGCACUGUACAGACACGCGGUACAGAUGUUCAAUUUGUGUGUGGCUCUGGUAUGAAUACUGUACUCGCAGUUUCUUACUGCUCACGGCAAUUGGGAACUGAGGCGCUUAUUGUUGUGCCGAAAGCAACUGACGAUCGGAUAUGUGACACAAUACGGAACGACGGGUCACAAUUAAUUUUAUAUGGAGAUGAUUGGAGCGCAUCGGAAGCACACGCGCGCAAACUAGUACGGAGGAAUGGCAUCUACGUUCCGUCAUCAGACCACUCUCAUAUGUGGCAAGGCUAUUCAACGAUUGUUCACGAAAUCAAAACACAACUGCACGAUACUCCUCCAGCAGCCAUCAUCUGUCCCGUUGGCGGCGGUGGAUUACUAAACGGAGUCAUUAUGGGGCUUCAAGAAGUCGAAUGGAAAGAAGUACCAGUGAUUGCAGUGGAAACCCACGGAAGCAACUCUUUUCAAUCUUCUGUCGUCGCAGGCAAGGUUGUAUCGUUACCGAAAACAUCAACGAUCGCCUCCAGUCUUGCUGUCAAGUCUGUCAGUUCAAAAUCACUCGAGCUCAGCUUGGCACAUCCAGUCGUGCCUUUUGCUGUAAGCGAUGCAAUGGCAGCUGACGCAGUCCGAUUGUUUGCAGAGGACAGCAAGAUGAUUGUCGAACCUGCUUCCGGCACAGGCUUAUCACUGUGCUAUACAAAAAUUAUCCGGGACAUCAUGCCGUCACUUACUCCAUCGAGCGAUGUGGUAGUCUUGGUCACUGGAGGCUCAGAUAUUACCCUGGAUCAACUGGACGAAUACCGGAAAAAGUAUACGUCUCCUCCUGUGGUAGUGAAAAGUGGUAGUGAAGUGUUUCUAAAAAUGGACAACUCCUUAACGAAUGUCCGUGAUGUAAAUAUGGAUGAUCCUUCAUCAACCGACGUACAAAUGGCCUUGAACAUAUAAACAAAAGAUAUAAACACGAAAAAAUUGAAACAAAUAUUCUGCGAUUUUGGGAUAUCAUCAUGCAGUCGUAACACACCCAUGCAAACCACGUUUCUUUCUCUUCUUUCGUUCUUGAAAUCGCACUGCUCUUUAUCACUUU